AUGUUCCAAUAUGGGAGUAUUCAACAGGCUGCUGUCACAACCGUACUUGGUUGCUUUUCAUUUGCACUACACGUCUACAUCUCGCGUCUUCUCUCAGGCGACUCAAUGCACUUCGCUCCUUCCAUUCCUUGGCUCUUCACAACCAUCUGUCUGCAAAAGAAGAUGGGAAGAGGCUUCAGUAUAGUGCUGCUCUCUCACAUAACCAUCGCAUUCCUGAUUUACAAUCGGUUUGGUACUUCGAAACAAUUGUUGAAUCGCGUCCUCCUCUACCCAGCAGUAAGCUCAAUGAUUGCGUUGACAUUCGCUUCCUACACGCCGCUCAUUCCGACAAGCAGUAUAGCCGUUGUGGGACUGCAGCAGAUGUGGUCCAUACUUGGUGGUCUUCUUAUGCUUGUCUUAUUUCCCGCCACUUUCCUGAGUGAGGCUGAGCCGCAGUAUCUUCGUGAUGAACGGCUGGCAUUACUUUUUCGCAAGGCCGACGGAAGGGUGGCGGAACGGCACACCAUUCCCUCACGGAAUGGAAUCACUCUCGAUGCUGUGGUUGUUCGGCAGUCAGCAGCCUCUAAUCACUGGAUCGUUUAUUUUGGCGGUAACGCAGAGAUGAUGGAGGACACCGCCGAUGAUAUGUCUGGUCUCACAGAUAUUGUGCGUGCCAAUUGGGUCUUCUACAACGCGCGUGGUGUUGGGUGCAGCACAGGCUAUGUAGCAGAGGUGCGCGACCUUGUAGAGGAUGCCGGCGCUGUUGUUGAUUUCGUCAUGUCAUAUUUUACAAUAAAACCAGGAAAUUUGUUGCUUUGGGGGCACAGCAUUGGCGGUGGAGUUGCAGCAGCCGUCGCACGGCAGCGGUGCCCACAAUGUCCCAUCUUGCUGGAUCGAACUUUUUCGAGGCUGAGUGAUGCUGCUGUGAAGUUUUCACCACUCCCGCCUCCGCUUACGAAGCAGCUAAUUCGCUGCACAGCUGGUGACCUUGACGUGGUUGGUGAUUGCGGAGCCGUGCAAGGGAAAAAGCUGGUGAUUUAUCAUCGUAUGGAUGAAGUGAUCGCGUACGACAUCGCCUCACUGGGGCGUCCAGAUGCCUUUCGUGAGAAGCCCCUAGUUGGCGGCAAUAAACUUGAGCUUCGCCUCACAAAUGGGCAAUCGCCACACAAUAGUCUUCUUUCAUCUUUUGACUCAAGCGUGGCGCUGCGUCGUUACAUAGAGGAAUUGCUUGCCUGA